AUGGCAGAGACCCUCCUCUACAGCAACCCCCUAAACUCAACCGCCGACGUCGCAACCUGGGUAGCAGAGGGUCCCCUCACCGUAGCAGCCGUCAACGACACCCUCGAGCUCUCGGGCGGCGGCAACCCAGACGACUACUUCGUCUACUGGGUGCCCGAGGUUUUUCCCGAUGGCAUCCGCAUCACCUGGGAAUUCUCCCCGCGCAACGAGCCCGGCCUGGCCAUGUUCUUCUUCGGCGCCGCCACCGUCGCCGACGAUGGCAAGGGGUCCAUCUUUGACCCGUCCUUGAAGCCCAGGAACGGGAGUUACCCGCAGUACCACUCUUCCGACAUCCGCACCCUGCACGCGUCCUACUUCCGCCGGCGCUGGCCCGAGGAGAGGGCAUUUCAUCUGGCGAACCUGCGCAAGUCGCCUGGCUUUCACCUUGUGUCCCAGGGCGCGGAUCCUUUGCCACCUGUCCCUGAUGCCGCUGGUGCGUUUUACAAGAUUGAGGUUAUAAAGGACAAGCGCGAGGUCAAGUUCCGCAUCAACGACUUGCCCAUCUUUGAGUUUUACGAUGACAAGUCUACGGGCCCUAUCAUCCGGGAUGGAAGGAUUGGGUUCAGACAGAUGCAGCCUCUUGUUGCGAGAUAUCGCGACCUUCAGGUGUGGAAGCUUUGA